GACUAAUCAAAUGCACUUGUAUGCAGAAAACUGUUGGCCUCUAAAGGGAUUGAGCCAGUUCAGGCCAGCCUGCUGCUCUUUCUCUCCUUCUCUCCUUUUCUUUUCCGUCUCACUCUCUCUUCCUGUCCUGUCUGUUUAAGGAGAGAGAGAUUGGGAAAUUCCUUCAAGCUACUUUACUUCAGGUUUCUGUGGGAUUUAAACAUGCACACUGAGAUUUUGGUACAGUCCAUGUUGGUGCCGUUGUUUCUGAUUCUGCUCUCUACCGUGGAGGACACUUUGUUACAAUCGGUGAGCCAGGUGGGUGGUGUGUGUAAGCUGUCCACAGAGUCAUCCCUGCGCCGCUGCAGGACACCUGAUGGCAAGAUCUGCAGUGGGAGGGGCAAGUGUGACUGCGGCAUCUGCAUCUGCGAGGCCACAGAUCCAGGGAAGUUCUACGGUCCACGCUGCGAGUGCCACGACUGGGUCUGUGCUACACAUAAUGGGAAAACCUGCAAUGACCGUGGCUACUGUGACUGUGGACCGUGUGAGUGUGAUGAAGGCUGGUUCGGAGAUGCCUGUCAGUUCCAAGAAGAGUGUAACCUACCUGGCAAGAAGAGCAAAGAGCUUUGCAAAAACCCACAGGGGGUGGUAUGCUCCAACAGAGGCACAUGCCACUGUGGAAGCUGCAUGUGUGACAACAGGGGUCUGGUGACGGGGCGUUUCUGUGAGUGUGACGACAGCGAGUGUCUGGACGAGGACACCGGAGAGGUGUGUGGAGGCCAUGGCCAGUGUUACUGUGGAAACUGCUACUGUGCUGCUGGUUGGCACGGAGACAAAUGUGAAUUCCAGUGUGACAUCAGCCCAUGGGAAAGCAAGCGGAGAUGCACAUCACCAGAUGGCAAAAUCUGCAGCAACAGAGGGACCUGUGUGUGUGGGGAGUGUAACUGUUAUGAUGUAGAUCCCUCGGGCGACUGGGGAGAUAUCCAUGGAGACACCUGCGAGUGUGAUGAGAGGAACUGUCAUGCAACCUACGACCGAUACACAGAUGACUUCUGCUCAGGUCAUGGCCAGUGUAAUUGUGGCAGGUGUGACUGCAAAGAGGAAUGGGCUGGGAAGAAGUGUGAGCAUCCUCUAUCCUGCUCCCUGUCUCUGGAUAGCAGUCUGAAGAAGUGUCGAGGAACGUCCAAUUUGCCCUGCUUCGGACGAGGUCAGUGCCAGUGCGGACUGUGUACUUGCUACCCACCUGGGGACAGUCGUGUUCAUGGCAAAAACUGUGAGUGUGACGACCGUCAGUGCGAGGACCUCAGCGGAGAGGUCUGUGGAGGUGAGAGCACACACACACACACACACACACACACACACACACACACACACACAUACACAUUCAUCUAAUCUUUGUGUCCAUUA